UAUCGCCUGCCAACAGACAAUCACAGCCGAGCAAAACUGUUCAACUGUUCAUCGCCAACGUCAUUCGACUGCACGGACUGCCACCGCAAUUAUUUCUGACCAAGACCCGAAAUUCACAUCGAAUUUUCUGGCGCCACUUGUGGGACAGUUCGGCACCAAACUACAGUUUUCCUCUGCCUACCCACCACACAUCGACGGGCAGACCGAACGAGUCAACCAAACUAUGGAGCAACUCAUUCGGACCACCUGUACUGACCCCAGACAUGGGAGAAAUCCCUUCCGCUACUGGAAUUCGCGUAUAACAACGCACCCUCCGCGACAACGCAUCAGUCCCCGUUUUUCCUAAAUCACGGACAGGACCCAGUGGUGC